UGAAAAUGAUACAGCGAACCAGUCAGAUGGAAUUCAAAUUCUGUCGAUGAAUCCAAACUUGCUGAAAAACAAUGAUGAAUGAGGAAAGAAAUAGGCAUGUGAAUGAAUAUUUAAUGUCUUAUGUAAUCAAUGUAGUUAUUUAUCUCCGUCAGUGUAUUAUUGAGAACUCUUACUUAUUUCAGUUAAACGUGGAAUUAGUGAUUGUGGAAGGUGAGUUUUCAAAGGUGAAUUGUUGAAUAAUCACCAUCGCGGAUAAUUAAACGGUGAUGAAAUUGGCAUUUGAUAAUGUGUCAAAUGUAACCUGUCAGGAUAAUUCUACUUGCAUAUUUUUUUGGUAUACAGAUCCAGUUGUUCUCAGUGCAAUCAUAUUAACAUUGAUAGGUUUAUUUGUCGGAUUAUUAAUCAUAUUGAUUAAGAAACUACAUUCUACAUCCAUAAUGAACAGUAUCAUCAUGGUUAUAACGUUGAUAAUUUUGAUCAUUGAUGUUGCGUUACUGAAUUUACAUACAAAAUGGUAUGAAAUAAUUAUUUCUGUAACUGUGGAUACCACGUUGACCAGCUUAGCGAUUUCAUUGGGUGUGAAGCUACGAGUUCCAGAAGGGAAAUUGGAGAUAAUCUUGUUCUCGAUGUGGUGUGUGUUUGGGGGAAUCGGAAUCAUUUUAUUGAUUGUAGGGGCGGCACUUUUCAACUAUAUUGUACUAGGUGUAUCCUGGAUUUUUUGGUGCUGUAUAAUGGUAAUUGUGAUUUUAUACACAGCAUAUUAUUUGGAUAGAUGCAGUGAAAAACAGUUUUGUGGUGUAAUGUACAUUAUUUUCUUACGGUCUUAUGAAUAUAUCGCACUAAAUAUCAGUUUACAAUUUUGUUUAAAUUCAUUCAUCGACUGUCAUCCGUGCACUAAGAUAAUGAAUAACUCAAUGAUUGGACAUUAUGAAUAGAUG